CGGGCUCGUUUAGCAGUUUACGCACUCCCCACUGUAGCGUACUUAACUAAUUUGAUUUGUUUGAAGUGUUGAUAUUUUUGUCCUUGAGUGUGACUAUUUCAAUUUCCAAUUCGGUAACGAACGAUUUUGGAUAAUAAAUAUUCUCACAUAUAAAAUUGAAAGAUGCCAGUCCCGGUCCCAGAAGAACCGAAAUCUAGCUGGGCGGAUGAGGUCGAAUUAGAAGGUGGAGCAUUACCCCCAUCAACUACUGAAGUGUUCGACAAUGGAAUCAAAAUUGUUACUGAGUACAAAGUUACUGAAGAAGGCAAAAAGGUUAAAAUUGUAAGGACUUAUAGAGUAGAAAAACGGAUAGUGUCAAAAUCGAUUGCUUUAAGGAAGAUAUGGAAAAAAUUUGGAGAAUCUGCUAAUGACAAACCUGGUCCUAAUCCAGCCACCACCAUUGUUGGAGAAGAUGUGUAUAUGCAGUUUAUCUCAAGUAAAGAGGAAGACAACAAACCCGAAGAUGAAGGCAUUGAUAAACUGAAAGCUUUGGGUGAUAAGAAUGUGGUUAAAUGUCGUAAUUGUGGAGGUGACCAUUGGACCUCAAAAUGUCCAUGGAAAGAUACUAUUUUGGCUGGUGGAAAAUUGCCUGAUGAUAAGAAACCAGCUGCACCAGGAGGACCAGGUGCUGAAUCCAACAAACCGGGUGGAUCCAAAUACGUUCCUCCAAGCUUGAGAGACGGUGGAGCUAAAAGGACAGAUGGUCCCAACAUGGCUAGAAGGGAUGACAAUUAUUGUGCCAUCCGUAUUGCUAAUCUCAGUGAUUCCACAACAGAAACUGAUCUGGAAGAACUAGUCAAACCUUUCGGCCCCAUUCACAAAUUGUAUUUGGCAAAAGACAAACAGACAGGGCUUUGCAAAGGUUUUGCCUACAUUCAUUUUAAAUUUAAAAAUGAUGCAGCAAAAGCCAUUGCUAGGCUCAAUGGGCAUGGGUAUGAUCAUCUUAUAUUGUCUGUAGAUUGGUCCAAGCCUAUGAAUAGUCAGUAACAAUAAGUUUCUUAUUUACAAUUGAAAACUGCUUUAAUUUUUUGAGGGGUGAUAGUCAUAAUAUGUCAUCUUUCAAGUUUUCAAUUGUACUCUAUGUUUUAUCGUUUUUUAAUAUAAUUACCUAUAUAAUCUA